AUGCACGUUGCUGUUUUCCCUCUCAGGAUCAUGACCAUAUGCCAUGAUGAUCCAUGCACUUGACACUCUAGAAAAAAAAAGACUUGACUGAAUGGGACUUGACCACUUUGACAAAAUUUGAGACUUGACUUUUUAUGUCAUGCAUGAAUACAGAAUUAUAUUAAAGUUACUCAGUAAGGCUAGGCUACCACUGAAACCACACUUAUCCUAUCGCAAGGAUUUCUCCAUUAAGCCAUGCAAGUAGGCGACACACACAACAUGAAUUACAAUAUACAACAUAAUAUGGAAAUGCUAAAUUGUACGGAGUAUAGACUGUAAAAUAGGUACGGAGCCUAUUUCAUACAGUCUAUGCUAGGUACAGACUGGGAGCCGACUUUGUUGAAAACAGGAACCGUUUUAUUUUCUUCGCAACACAUCCGGACAUAAUUCGAUGACGGACCGGUCCACUUCCGGUCCAGUUGUCAACAGAGGAGGAUCACGCGUGUUUUCAAGCCAGUAAAAAUGCCGAAGGCUCAGAAAGGAAAAGGAAAAGCCCCGGAGAAGGUUGUUCACCCGUACAGCAGGAAAGCGGCUUACCUCGCCCGAGAAGAAAUCCGACUGAAAAAGAAAGAAAGGCAGAAGAAUGACAAAGCAACACGUCUAAGCGGCAUUGGUGAGAAGCUGUUGUGGUUUCAGGAACAGUUGGAUCCAGAAAAGACCACUUACACCAAAAAAGAUGCCUGUGAUAUCGUUGAAAGAUACCUCCGAAGGUUCGAUUCGGAACUUGAGCAGAUUGAGCUGAUGAAUGGGAUCAAAGGUCGGCAGGGUCGUCUCCAUGGUGCCAGAGAAGCUGUCAUCAAACAGAGUGUAGAGCGAGAGCGAGUGCAGUAUGAGGGCAUCGGGUUUGAGAUUCCAGACAUCAUUAAUGCAAAAAAUCUGAAAACAUUCAGAGAGUGGAAUGGUGAUCUGAAGAAACUUCCAAAUAUUAAACUGCGAAAGGUGUCUAACAAAGAUUUGGAAACAAAGAAUGAAAAAGAGGAGAAACAUGAGGACGCAGAAGAUGAUAAUGAGGAUGAUGAAGAUGACUUGGAGGAUGAGCAGCUGGAUGAGAUGGUGCUGAUGUCGGACUGAAACCGAGGCUGUAGCUCCAAGCUCAGGUCGUCCGUUCAGGACAGCUGACUGUGAGACUGAGCGUCAGAUUGCAUUCAGCAAAGACUUUUUUCUAGAAAAGGUGUGUUUUUGUGCCUGUGUGGGUAAAAUGUUGCUGCUCCUUGACUGUCCAGAAGAUGGUGCCAAACUCUCAGAGAUGGAAAACAAGAAUGCUAUCAGACAGCCCUCCUUUAUAGUCUUCUCAUUGCUCAGUAACUUCACACCAGCCUGUGAAGGGGUUCUAAAUUCAUUGUUUAUUGCACAAAUAUGAAUUGUAUGUAACCUCAAUACUCCCAUUUUAUCCAAUCACAGAUUUAAAAAAAGGUUUUGACAAAGAUGUUAAGUGCUCUAAUGUUGCUGUGGCUCUAAGACACAGAGAAAAUGUUAUUUUUCUGUGACAUGACACUGGUAAAACCCCCAAAUUAAACCUGUAGAAAAGUG